UGCACAGUCACUUCUUUGUAACAUCGGCUCCGUUCAGUGCGUGAGUUCAUUUAUCAGCUCUGUGAACUGCGUGAACUGAACAUCACCAAACGACUGUAGUAUAUGACGACAAUUUACACGGCUUUACAGCUUCCAACAAAUGGGGAAAGCAUUUGCGUAAAGUUUUGGGGGUUGCGACCUAUUCAAACAAGAAUGAUGACCCAGGAAGACAGGGACUAUGUAAACGACACUUAUGACUACGCGGACUAUGGAUAUGUGGAGGAGACCAAGGCUGGAGGCUACAGUCAGAGAGAAGCUCUUCACAUUAUAUCAGUGAUCAUCUACAGCCUGGCAUUUACUCUGGGAGUAAUCGGGAACGGCAUGGUCAUCUGGGUGACCGCCUUCAAAAGCAAACGGACCGUGAACAGUGUUUGGCUGCAGAAUCUGGCCAUAGCCGACUUUGUGUUUGUGCUUUUCCUGCCAUUCUCCAUCGACUACGUGCUGCGAGACUUUCACUGGCUCUUCGAGACCAUGUGCAAGCUGAACUCGUUCGUGUGUACCAUGAACAUGUACGCCAGCGUGCUGUUUCUGACCAUCCUGAGCUUGGAUCGCUACAUCUCACUGGUCCACCUGAGCUGGUCGGAAAGGUAUCGAAAUGUCCGGAGGGCCUGGUGGGUCUGUGCACUGAUUUGGAUCACGUCCUGCUGUCUAAGCUGUCCGGCUCUGAUAUUCCGCGACGUCAUCCAGCAUAAUGGGAAGGUUGUGUGUUUUAAUAACUUUCACGAAGAGAGCAGGCACAUGAUAGCGGUGAGACACAUUGCGAUGGUGUCGCUGCGCACUACUGUGGGUUUUCUGCUUCCGUUUGCAACCAUCACCAUCAGCGGCGUUCUGCUGGCUAUCAAGAUGCGCCGAUCCGACUCGGUACGCUUGACCAGCUUCUCCAGAACCGUCUCUGCCGUGAUUCUUGCUUUCUUCUUGUGUUGGGUGCCGUUUCACACGUUCAGCCUGAUGGAGCUGAGCAUGCAUCACACCUCCUACCUGCACUCCGUGCUCAUCGUGGGCUUCCCACUCGCCACCAGCCUGGCCUUCUUCAACAGCUGCGUCAACCCGAUUCUGUAUGUACUGCUUACCAAGAAGGUGCGUAAACUGGUGAGGAGGUCGUGUUUGAAUUUCACCAAGAGCUCGCUGAGGGAGCUGAGUCAGUCUGUGUCUGCGACGGAGUUAGACUCGCCACUGCCCAGUUGCUCUCCUGAAGAACCCACGGCCAACUCCUCCGUCUGAUCAGUUCAGCCAUCACCCCUGAACUUAACGAGCUUUGGGCUUUUAGCUCUUGAAAUGAAACUUCUAGAGCUCCAACUGGACUCAAGUAGAUUUGACAAAGUGGUUGGGAAAUACUGGCUUUCAUUUCUUAUAUAGCACAAUACAGUAAAUAUGUAUUUAAUGCAUCAUCUAUUGUAUGUCGUACAAUUAAAAAAUAAAUAAAAAACAUAUAUAGUUUUGCCUGUAACCAUAAGAAAGGAAUUAAUAUACUUUUCUCUGCAAAGUAUUUCUGAGAGUAAGAUGAAUGAUAUUUCAGCUCUGUUUGAAAGGACUCUGUUUAAAUUUAAAUUUAAAUUCAUUUGACUUAUUAUCAUGUCGUUUGGAUGCACUCCACUGAAUCAAUAAACUUGCUAAUGCCAGUG